GAGCUCUCCCAGAUAAACUGUCUCUGCGAUUCGUUCGAAUAGCAUCACAAGUCCCUCCCACCGGAGGAACGCGCACUGUACGGCACGCGCAUUCCUUUUGUCCAAUAUGGCGGCUUAGGUGCAGGCUCGCUGAUGCUGUAAUGUUUUAUGUUUGUUUUUAUCAUUUACAUUGCAAUAUAAGCCUGGGCCACAACUGUAAAUUAUUUAGUUUUAAUUGCAAUCGUAUUUAACGUGCAUCGUCUGAAGAAAUCAAGGGAAUUCCGUAUUUUUUUGCAAGCGCAAGGAAAAAAAGUUUGAGCAUCAUUCAAAUAAAAUGAAGAGGCAGGCCGAGCGGGACGUAAGUCCGGCGAGAGCUAUAGCCAAGCGGAUAAGGGAGAGGGACCGGGACCGAGACGGCGGCAGCCGCCGGGAAGACGUUGCACCGCCGCCUCUGGCUGCACUGUUGUCCGAGAGCCGAAAUUACCACAAACACCAGGCACGGAGCCGGAGCAGGGAGCGAGAGAGGAUCCGGCUGCGUGAGGAGCGCGGUGCUGGCGAGUCUCUGCACCGGCAGCAUCAUCGCGACCUCGGGCUCGCCAGCCGCCCUCCACUGCGGACCACAGCGGUGCUUCCCAAGAGCAAAGCCGCUGCGGAGCUCCUGGGAAGCCGCGGCGGCGGAGCUAGCUUGGAGUACAAGACUUUGCUCAUUAGCAAUUUGGGCUCUCAGUUGUCAGACGAGCAGGUGGAAGACGGAUUGUUCCACGAGUUUAAAAAGUUCGGAGACGUCAGCGUUAAGCUGUCCCACACCCCGGAGCUGGGUCGGGUCGCCUACGUGAAUUUCAGGCAUCCGGACAACGCCAAGGAAGCCAGGCGAUCUAAGGCCAGGUUAGUGAUGUACGAUCGCCCGCUCAAAGUGGAAGCCGUGUACGUGAGACGGCGCAGCUGCACGCCUCCCGACGUAGGAUACGUGCCUUUGCACGGCCCCUUCCAGUACAGACAGAGGUCCCUGUCGCCGGUGGCCGGUAAGAUCCGCGAUGUCAGACCCCGGCAUUACGCCAUGGAAGGGCUAGCGCUGAGUCGCGAGAGAGAGCGGGCUUUAGAUUACUAUAGCAUGCUGGACGAGAGGGCGCGCGCCCUGGCCUAUCAGCCGCCGGAAGAAGAUUUAAUGCCCGAAGACGACCAGAGGGCCACGAGGAACUUAUUUAUCGGCAACCUGGAUUCCAACGUGUCGGAGGCAGAGCUGCGCAGGGGCUUCGAUAAGUACGGGAUCAUCGAGGAGGUGGUGAUCAAGCGUCCCGCGCGGGGGCAGGGGGGCGCCUACGCCUUCCUCAACUUCCAGAACCUGGACAUGGCGCACCGGGCCAAGGUGUCCAUGUCGGGGCGCGUGUUUGGGGGGAACCCGGUGAAGAUCGGGUACGGGAAGGCCAACCCCACCACGCGGCUGUGGGUGGGGGGGCUGGGCCCCGGGGCAUCGCUGGCGGCCCUGGCCCGCGAGUUCGACCGCUUCGGCAGCAUCCGCACCAUCGACUACGUGAAGGGCGACAGCUUCGCCUACAUCCAGUACGAGAGCCUGGACGCGGCGCAGGCGGCCUGCGCGCAGAUGCGCGGCUUCCCCCUGGGGGGGCCCGACCGCCGCCUGCGCGUGGACUUCGCCAAGGCCGAGGAGACGCGCGGGUACCCCCCGCAGUACCCGCCGGCCGCCGCGCCGCUGCCCGCGCACUACGAGCUGCUGGCGGACGGGUACGGCUGGCACCGGGGGCUGGGCGCGGAGCUGCGGCCGCGGGACCGCACGCCGCCCCACGCGCUGUUCGCCGAGCGCGAGCGGGAGCGGGCCUUCCUGGAGCGGGACCGGCCCGACUGGGCGGGGCCCGAGGCGGAGCGGCGCGGCGCGGGGGAGGCGCCGGGGCGGGGCCGGGCGCGCAGCCGCAGCAGGGAGCGCUGGGAGCGCGAGGCGGAGCGCGGCCCGGCCGCCAAGGCCUGGGAGGAGCGCCGCAAGAGGCGGAGCCUGUCCAGCGAGCGGGCCAGCGAGGACAGGGGGCGGGGCAAAGCCCGCGGGACGCCCGCGGCCGCCACCGUGCCGGAGUCGCCCGGCCGCAGCCCCGGGGGCGAGAGGGGCGGGGCCGACGAGCCGGCCGCCCAGACGCCCGAGCCGCCGGCCGAGGACGGGGGGGCGGGGGGGGGCGAGGAGCCCGAGCGGAACCACCGGGGGGGCGACGGCGGGGCGGACGCGCGGCUGGAUCCGCCCAAAGCGGACGCGCGGCGGCCCGGCUCGCUGUCGGAGUUCGCCCGCACGCUGCCCGCCGCCUGGCGCGGGGCUCUGGUGCUGAAGAACAGCUGCUUCCCCACCAGCAUGCACCUGCUGCAGGGCGGGGCCGGCUUCCUGUCCGCGCUGCUGCCCGCCCCGCCCGCCCCCCAGCUGAAGAUCGCCCAGCGCCUGCGGCUGGACCAGCCCAAACUGGACGAGGUGACGCGCCGCAUGAAGCAGGGCGGCCCCGAGGGCCACGCCGUGCUGCUGGCCGUCCAGGGGCCCGUGGACCGGGACCCGGCCCCGCCCGAACCGGGCCUGCAGACCCGCCUGCUGCGCAACCUGGUCACCUACCUGAGGAACAAGCAGGCCGCCGGCGUAAUCGGGCUGCCGCUGGGCGGGGCCCGGGAGCGGGAGGGCGGGGGCAGGGAGCGAGAGGGCGGAGGCAGGGAGCGGGAGGGCGGGGGCAGGGAGCGGGAGGGCGGGGGAAUGCUGUACGCCUUCCCCCCCUGCGAGUUCUCCCAGCAGUUCCUGCAGACUGCGCUCAGUACUCUGGGGAGGGUGGAGGAGGAGCACCUGGUGGUGGUAAUAGUCAAAGACUCUGUUUAGGAAGCCUUUUCUGUUUUUUAACUCGUGUAUAUUUUUUUAAGAGGUGUCAGCUGACGAGCCUGCCGGGUUUGAAAGGGAGCGAACGGGAAACGCAGGUGUUUGGGGGUGUGUGGGAGUUGUAGUUUUACAUGGUGUGCUGGAGGAAGGUGUCAGGGUGGGCGUGCUGCUAUGCUAGAGUCGGACUGUUAACGCCAGAAGCCAGGUUGUCUGAACGAGAUGUUUUUUAAAUAAACUGACCAAGUACCUUCUUAUCCUCCAGCUCAAUUGUCCUGAAGAACUGAUUGUACAGUUUACGUUUACACUACACGUUGUUCUUACUGCAGGUGCCAGAGGAGUCUCUGCUUGUUUUUGUAUUUUUAGUCUCAAAAACUUUUUUUUCCCGUUUUUUUACUAUGAGGUGCUGAGCACAGGAACCUUGAUGUCUUCUCUUCUGUUUCCCUGGGGUCCAGUUUAAUGGAUGCAUAUUUAGUUGGGGGAUGGCUGUAACAGAAUUUUUGUUUAAAGGUAUAUUACUGUUACUCUAUUACUCAAAUGACCGUUUUUUUUUUGUCACAGUUCUCUUUGUUAGCGGACCUGUUUUUGUAUUAUUUUUUGUAUUGUUUUUAGUAUUGUUUCUGCAAUAUCAUGGCGUAUGAAAGAGGUGUGGCUGCUGUGUGGUGUUUACACAGGCGGGUAAUUUAUUAUUUUAGAUGCAGGUUUAAGUGAAGAGAACAGACAUUCAGGUGAGAAUGUGACCUCCAGCUACCUCUGCUGCCCAAACCCACUGAUACUCAGAGCCAAACCACCCACUGCCCAAUCCACUGAUACUCACCCAAACCACCCACUGCCCGAUCCACUGAUACUCACCCAAACCACCCUCUGCCCAAUCCACUGAUACUCACCCAAACCCCCCACUGCCCAAUCCACUGAUACUCACCCAAACUGCCCAAUCCCACUGAUACUCACCCAAACCACCCUCUGCCCAAACUCACUGAUACUCAGAGCCAAACCACCCACUGCCCAAUCCACUGAUACUCACCCAAACCCCCCACUGCCCGAUCCACUGAUACUCCAGCACCAUUCUCUUUGGGUGGAGUUUCUGUAGACCAAACACUGUUAACUCUGAAAGUCUGAGGAUAACCUGUUCUUAUAGGACCUUCUGAUUCUUGCACUGGGAAGUGCAGCAUGACAGGAAUAUGUUAACACUAUGCUUGGAGGUUUGUGUGAUCAGCCAGCUGUGUUUUAAUGGUUAGCCUAACCGCUAGUGGGCUCUAGGCCUGACUACAGGGUGAGCCAUACGACUGGACUUCCAUCAGUAAAGACUGUCUUCAUGUGCGUCACAGAUCAGCUGCUUUUGAGCUGUAGAGGCCUUUUCUCUUCGUCUUUUUCUGCUUCUAUCUGUCAUGGGCCCUCUCAGCUCUGAGGCUCUGUCUGUCAGGGCCCUGGGCCCUCAGACCCAGCUGCAGGGAUGGCUGAAGCUUCUCUCCAGUCUGUGUCUCCGCUGUUAUUUCUGAAUCGUAAUCACUACAGUCUCAGUGAGUGGGCGGAGUAACGGCCGACGGCGAGCCGGUUGAUUGGCCAGCGGCAGAUUCCGACCGGCCAUUAGCAGACUCUGCACCGCCUCUGUGUAGCAUAAACGUGUUGGGUGUUCUGGAGAGUGAAUGCUGUCGUAUGCUUUGAUAUGACUGUUAUGGUCUGAUUUAACAUUGUAUGAAACUGACAGUAAAAUCAAUUAAUGUCCUGCUCUUA